UAUGGCACAAAAAUCAAAUUUUAGUAAAACCGAUGAAUAUGGAUUCGAACGUCCUGAAGAUUUUGAUUAUGCAACACUUGAAGAAUUCAUGUCAAUUUACCUACCAAUAUUAGCAAGACGUGCAAAAAAAUGGUCCAAUUUUUUAAAAAAGAAUCCUUCGUUACGUCCAAAUGCUGCUCUUAAACGAUAUAUACGUAAAGGUGUUCCAAGUGAACAUCGUGGUCGAGUAUGGUUGGCAACAUCGGGAGCCGAUGUGAUGCGUGAAAAAAAUCAACGACUCUAUCAAGAACUAUUAAAACAACCGUACAACAAAGAAGUAGCUGAUACAAUACGGAUUGAUUUACCACGAACGUUUCCAGAUAAUAUUUAUUUUCAUCAGACACAAGAUGUUCAGGAUCAAUUAUUUCGUAUUUUAAUUGCAUUUUCGAUUCAUAAUAAGGAAAUUGGAUAUUGCCAGGGAAUGAAUUACAUUGCUGGUUUAUUACUUCUCGUUACAAAAAAUGAAGAAACAUCGUUCUGGUUAUUUUUAGUUUUAAUCGAACAUCAUUUACCCCCUAAUUAUUAUUCAAAAAGUAUGCAUGGAUUAAUUACAGAUAUCAAUACGCUGGAACGUCUUGUUGACGCUGUUGAUCCACGUAUCAAUCAACAUUUUAAAAGUUUGGAUGUAACAUGGCCAAUAGUUGUCACUAAGUGGUUUGUUUGUCUUUUUGUUGAAGUUUUACCAAUUGAGACAGUACUUCGAAUUUGGGAUUGUUUAUUUGCAGAAGGGAAUAAAAUAUUAUUCAGGGUAUCGUUAACAUUAAUUAGAAAAAAUCGUGAUCAACUAUUAGCAUGUACGGAUUUCCCAGCGAUUAUUACCUGUUUUAGAAACAUGACAAGAGAUAAAGAGGUAGUUAAUUGCCAACAAUUUUUAAAGAGCAUGUUCAAAGAAUCUCUAGCACGUAAAACCAUUGAAGAAUUACGAAAAAAUGUUCCAAACAGAGUCAGUUAGCGAAACGUAAAUGAAUCGAAAAUAAGUGAUACGUUUAACGACUUAUAAUAAGUAUUUUUUUUUUACUUAUACAAAAAAAAAUUACAACACAAUUUUUUUUUAAACAUUCCCAACACAUAGGUAGCCGAUUUUUUUUUUAAAUAGAUGUGUUUGUCCGGAUCACAAAUUUAGAAAACUAUUCCUGAUAUACAAAGGCAUUUUUGAUAAAAUUCUUCCAUUAUUUAUUACUUUAUAAAAGUUUGAAAACUUUCAAGUUUUCAAACUGUUUCGAAUCAACAAUAACAAUUGUUUUAUUU